CCGCCGCAUUCUCAUGUCAGACCACCGCUCACCACGCGUUAACAAAGCCCGCAUGGCCGACUUCAAGGGUCAGACUGUCAGGCUCAUCGCGAAGAUCAUCAACUUCCGAGACGACGUAGCGAUCGUGGAAGCCUCAGACGGCGGAGAAGUGGAAGUGAAGAUGCUCAAGGACGUGAAGAUCGACGCGCCCUACAUGGAGGUUAUCGGCCAGGUGGUGGACGAGCGGACCAUUAAGAUGAUGGGCUGCGUGCAAUUGGGUCUCAACGUCGACAUGAAGCUUGCGAACGACGUCGUAGAAGUAUGGCAUGACCCCAAGUUUGCGAGUAUGUUCUAGUCCCGUGCUUCCUCGCUGUCUGUGCAUGAUCUGUCAAUCCUGUAUUUGUAGUACAUUUGUAUCGGUGCAAUCUUGCUAUGUUGGGACGCCGGACGCGUCCACACUCCUCGGUUACCC